AUGCUAAAACCGUCGACGCUCUCGAUUUUCUUCGCAAUGAUUUCGGUCAUAUCGUUGUUCAGCUAUUUGCCGAAAUUCUUCGACGAGUUGGCGUCGAUCGAGCGAAUUUUGGCGAGCGAACUUGACGAGUUCGCGAGAAUCGAGGCCCAAAUUUGGGCGAAUUUCAAAACGACGCCGCAACGACGCAAAAGACAUCAGAAUUAUUAUGGAAAAGUGUACAAUUAUUGCGAAUGCGAGUACAUCAAUGAUUGCCCGCCGGGCAGGAAAGGCAGAAGCGGCGCCGACGGCGUUCCCGGCGAGGAUGGCCUUCCAGGCAUUCCAGGCGAGCCUGGCGUUCCAGGCACUCUUCCCAAGGCGCUCUAUGAGAAGAUCUACGGCUGUCGUGUGUGUCCGUACGGUCCAAAGGGAAAGAUCGGCGAGCCGGGUGCUCCGGGAGCGCCGGGACGCGUCGGCUAUCCCGGCGAGACCGGUCGGCGAGGUGUCGACGGGGACCGAGGGGGAAUCGGAGAGGAUGGUCCGCCGGGCGCGCCGGGACCCAACGGAUCGCCCGGGGAAGCCGGUCCACCCGGCGAGCAGGGAAUCACCGGCAUCAAAGGGAUUAUGGGAGAGACUGGUGAGCCCGGCGCUCCAGGCCUGCCAGGGGAGCCCGGCACACCAGGCGAGCCGGGAACCGAAGGAAUCCCGGGACCGAUGGGACCAAGAGGGCACGAAGGACGCCAGGGCGACCGAGGGCCACCAGGUGAAUCGGGACCCGUCGGACGACAAGGUGGUCCCGGCCAGGAUUCGCACUACUGUCCAUGCCCGAGUCGGCAGCAAUUGUACAACAAUAUGAAGCGGAAGGCGACAAAAAUUUAUUGA